AUGAAAAAUUAUAUUAAAAAACACAUUUAUAAUGAGUAAAAUUAAAGGCUGAUAAUUAUUUUCAUUCCAUAUAUAGCAUCACUCACAAUAGGAAUAUUGCUAUAUUCACUAUUAUUAGUUUUUAUUUACAUUCUUCCGUUAUAAAACAAUCUUUAGGAAUUGAUAUAAGAGAGGUAUUUAUGGUUUUUGUCAGUUCAAACUCGCGUUUUAAACACAGAUGUAUUUCAUUCAAUGCAAAAAGAAGUUUCUUAAGCCUAAGUAAUAGGUAAAUUUCAUAGUUUAUUGCUAUUUAAUAACACUUUUGAAGAGGAAGUUAGUUGGUAAAGCAAAUCUAAUGAGCCAGAGUUUGAUCCUAUUUCUCAAAAAUAGAAUUUUCUUUUAAAUUCUAGUUUGGAUUAAGAUGCAUAUUGCAAUUUAUGGUAAUAAUGCAAUCAGGAUUAGUAAUGUAUAAAUGAUAUAGGCCCUUAUGUUUUUUAUAAUAAUUAAAGUUCUUAUAUGACUUAUAAAAGAUUUUAAAUUGGUGGAUGGAUGAGUCCGUUAACGAAUUAAUGGAAUGACCUGAAUAUAGAAUAAAAAUAAUACACAAUUUAAACAAUGUUUGCUCAUUAAAUUACAAAAUCAAUUUAAGUUAAUCAGUAAUAUGAUUUAAUAAAAUCUUUAAAAUUCUACUAUUGCAGGGAAAAAGAUGGAAUUUUCAAUUCUUUAGUAAGUAAUGUCUUAUCUGUAAGUAGUAUAAUAAAUAACUCUAAAUUUGGAGGACCUUUUCAGCAAUGCAUCAAAUAACCUGAUGGGCAUUAUCAGAAAUAUUUAUUUACAAAUCCCUCUUAAUUUGGAGGAUUUUAAUAUAUGACAUAGAGUGGUGCAGUAUGUGGAAACGCUACUGUUCCAUGUAGUUGUUAAUACUAUAAUACGCCAAGGCUUUUUCCUAUAGAGUGGAGAUGUAGACCUUGGUAUAUUAUGGGAAAGUAUUACCAAAAAAUUUCAAUAUCUCAACCCUACAUAGAUAUAGUUUUACAAACCACACUUGCUACGCUUACUUAUAAAAUUGAAAAAUAUGACUCCCUUACUAAAUAAAACUCAACUUAUGCUAUUUUUGGGAUUGAUUUUGAUUUUAAGCCGCUGCAGAAUAAGUUUUACAUUGACAAAUCUAUUUCUGAUAAUAGCUCUCAAUAAAUAGAUUAAUAUGCAUAUUUAGUUGCACCAACAAUUAAAAAUUUUGAUACAGGAGUUGGUUAUUAUACAUAGCUUGUUUUAGCACAUCCUUUUUCUUCAAAUACUUAAAUCUAGAAUAUCACAACUUUGGAAUUUUAAAAUUCUACAAAUAGACUUGAAGAAACAAAUGACUUUCUAAAUAAGACUUUCUUUUUAAAUUAGACCAAUUUACAAUAAGCUGGAUGUGAUAAUAUUUUUAAAAUGAAUGAAAAAUAUUAAUUAAUAAUAUCAAAGAAUAAAACAUUAUAUACUACGCUCUUUACGCCUAUUAAUAUAUGUUUUGGGGAUUUUGAAUCUUAACAUACCCUAACUGUAGGAUAUUUAGCAAUAGCUUUUUCAGAAAAAAAGUGGAUUUAGGCUAUUUAAGAAACAAAAGACAGCAAUUAAAAAUUAUUUAUAUAAUUUUAUAUAAUAAUUAGUUGUUGCUUUGCUACUACUGUAUUAGUGUAUUUUGCAUUGACAAUUAAAUUUUUGAAAUACAAUUUUGAGAUACCAAUUAGUAUACUAAACUAAUUUAUACAAUGCGCAUAGCCAUUAAAUAUUUUAAAGUUUUACAAAAUGAUUGAAAGCGGGCAAAUAAAAACUUAAAAAGAAUUAAAAAAUUUGAUAGAAGCUAUAUUUUAAGUUGUUGUUGGAGUCUAAUAAAGAAUACAAGAUUAAUAUAAUGGUUAAGAAGAUAAAUUUUCAGAUCAAGAAAUUAAAUAAUAUAACGCUGCUAUGAAUGCUUUUAAGACAAUUCAGCAUUUUGAUGGUGUAGGAUUAUGUUUGAAUAAUAUAGCUAGAAUACUAAUGAUGUAAGGUAAAUAUGAAGAUGCUUUGAAGUAUAUGCAAAAAGCAAACUUGUUGAGUGAAAAAAAAAUAAAUGAAUUACGUAAAUAAUAUUUAGAUAUGGAUUUUCAUCAAUUUUUGAGUUUAAUUGUUUAAGUAAAAUAAAAUAAAAAUUUAAUAAGUAUUUAUGCAGGAAGGAAAUUUUAAUUAGCUAAUAUAAUCUAUAAAUUUUGUUAAAAAUAAAAUAUGGAAUAAUUUAAGAUAUUUUAAGAUAUCACUCAUUUUAUUGAAAAGAAGGAAUUUACAAAAAACUUUGAAUUACCAAGCUAUCUGUAAAACUUGUACUCACUUAAUCUACUUAGUGAAUCUAAUAAUGAAAGCGAUAAUAAUUCUAUUAAUUUAUCACCUUGCUAAGAACUUCUAAAAAGAUCCAAUUAUUAUUCAAAUAAAUUCUAUAUUAAAUAAAAACAUUAAAAAGAUAACAUUUAAACACCAGUUCAGAUAGGAUAAUUACAAGAUAGUAAUAUCCUUUUAACUUAGGCUAUUGAUUUGUUACAAGAAGCUUCUAUUGUUUACAAAGAAUGCUAUUUUAACAGUAAAUUUAGAACUCUAGAUAAAUCAAAAUGUAUGAUUUUAUAUGAAGUAUUAUGUCUCUAGCUUAUAACUAAAUGCUAAUUAUUAUAGAAAAAGAGAAUUGCACCUAUCAAAUAUUUGUUGAGUGAAAUUAAAAUUCUCUUAAAAAAUUGUGAAGGCAAUAUAAAAAAUUUGUAGCUGAUUUAGUUCUAUUCGGUAUUAAAAUAAAAAUAUUAUAACUUAAAGGGCACUUAUUACUAUAUUUUGAAAAAUUAUUUUAAAUCUGUCAGGAGUCAUCUUAAAUCAUUAGAAGUGUUAUAAAAAAAUGAAUUUUAUAAUUUCUAUGAUACUAAUGACUAUUCAAAUAGUCUUAUUGAACUAUAAAAUAUUAUUUAAUUAGAAUAAAUACCUUUAAAUAGUUAGUAAAUCACAUUGAUAUAAGAAGAUAUAAUUUUUCUAAAAGAGAAAGCUGGUCAAAACUUUAAUAAUGAACUUAAUUUUAUGGAAAUUUUUUUUUAGUAAGAAGAAGAUAUUGCAAAUAGUAAUAAAUGCUGAAAAUAAUAAAUUUUAAUAAGCUUUUUAGUUACUGUUAAUUACAAAAAAAUAAUCCUUGCUUAUUAGAUUUAUCUAAAUCUAUACUUUUU